CACUCCAGUGACUCCAGUCGGCGGCACUGUCGGGUUGAUUUGUCAGUUUGUCACUGUCACUCGUCUGCAGGUUAGGUUCUGGACUCGUCUCGAAAUCAUAUUCAUAACGGGUUCAUCAAUGUGGACGAUGGAUUUACUACUUAACUUGCUGAUUGAUUAAAGACAUAAUUUUCAAAAAGUCUAAAAUCCGUAAUAUGUCGAAUGAAUUCGUGCAUUCCGUUACGGUCCCGCGUAUUUACAAGUUCACGGCCGACAUUGUUCGUCGCGUGCGAGAGGAUGGUGCCAGUCUGAAGACUCUGAUUUACGAGAGGAAACAUCCCAAUGUAGCCGGCAUAUACGGUCUGUCGGUGAAUACCUUACGAGCGUUGCCUCAGCUAGACCGGCUGCUCGACAAGACUCAAAUUCUAACGGAACAACCGCGUUUGAAUCCCUGGCUAGCCAAAGUUCUAAUAACGGAGCUUUUGUGGCGCAAGGGAUGCCUGAAGAGCCGCUCCAAGCCUGUCUUAACCGUCCUAGCUUACGAGAACAGACUACGAGAGGAGUCAAAGAGCCUCGACUGCACAGAGACUCUCGUCGUUCACAAAGCGAAAGUGCAAAAGCCUCGAUACGUCCGUGUCAAUACUCUUCUGUUGUCAGUGGAAAAAGCCAUCUGUCUCUUCCAGGAGGAUGGAUGGCAAUUACUACCCAAAAGUACAACAUACUCUUCAUAUCUACAAUCCUUAUCGCAAUUAUCAAAACCGCAUUUUAUACAAGAUCUGCAUAUACCUGAAAUGUUGGUUUUUCCACCCCUGACACCCUUUCACGGACACAGCGGUUAUAAAAGUGGCGAGCUUAUUCUUCAGGAUAAGGCUAGCUGCUUGCCGGUGCACUUGUUGGAUCCUGUUAGUGGUUCUGUAGUGCUGGACAUGUGCGCCGCGCCCGGCAUGAAGGCUACUCAUGCGGCAGCAAAACUGCAAAAUUACGGGAAAGUUUAUGCUGUGGAGAUCGAUGCCAAGAGAUUUGAAACCUUAUUGAGUCAGAUGAAAAAGACUCAUUCCCUCUGCGUGGAACCUCUUAAUCAAGAUGCUUUGACUCUCGAUCCAAAAAAAUAUUUACAUGUGGAAUAUAUUCUAGUUGAUCCAACUUGUUCUGGAUCAGGCAUUGUCGACAGACCAAAACAGAGCGAUAUGGAUGGCAAACCCGAGUCAAAGCGUUUGCAAAACCUACAAUCGUUCCAAGUUUAUCUUCUUAGAUACGCGCUGUUCAACUUUCCAAAUGCAAAGAGAAUAAUCUACAGCACUUGUUCUUUACACCCCGAGGAAAAUGAAGAAGUAAUAGACGAAGUUCUCGCCGAUAUUGGUAACGCUUAUCAUCUGGUACCUGUUAGACAAUUAUUAAAAAACAACUGGACUAACUUCAGCUCGAAAAAAUACAACUGCGGAGAUACAUGUUUGUAUUCGAAGCCAGAUGAUGAUUUUUGCAAUGGUUUUUUCGUAGCGGUAUUCGAGAGGAACUUUGAUGUGACUCUGCCAAAGUGCAAACACAAAGGGGGUAAUGAAUAUAGAAAUGUUAUCAGGGCUAACUUGAAUGUCAAGAAAGAUGACAUGGCAAUAACAGACCCGUAUGAGCGAGAGAAAUGCGUUAAGAAGAAGAAGAAGAAGAAGAAGAAAGAAGAAAUUUCAACAACAGAUGGACAAGGAAAGAUAUCGACUGAUAUUGUUAAAUUCGUAGUUUCCGAAAUAGAAAAUAAAGGCAAAGUAAAGACAAAAGAGGCAAAAUGCAGUGAAAAAGAAGUAGAAAAAAUGGACGUUCGCAGCAAUUUGUCCAAUUUAAAUCAUAAAUUGGCAUUAAAUAAAUCCAAAGAUAUACAAAAGAGGAUAUUAGAUGAGAUGGAAGCAAAAAAAUCAAGGAAGCAACGAUUAAAGUGUGAAAAUGCACUUGAGGUGGAAAUAGAUAAUGACACAUUGGAUGCUAAUUAUGGUGAAAAGGAACAAAAUGAGGAAAUUGAAACUAAACUGUCCAAGAUAAAAAAGAGAAAGAAAAAAGCAACUAAAGAAAUCGUCAAGAUUGAUAAAAUUUAUUUUCAAAAAAAGAAACAACAAGAAGAAAUUGCAAUUGUACCAUCAAAGAAGAGGAAAAGAAAUGAAGAGAAUUCUUAAGUGAGAUUAAAUGUUAAAUGAAAAAAAAGUAA